UAAUCAGGAAAGAAUGGACUCGAUUUCACAAAUUAUGGUAUAUAUGAUAGGAACAUUCCUCACUUUUAGUGAGGUUAAUAGACUUUCACUCACUUCUAAAAACAUGUUCAAACGCACUGCUGAAGCUAAAAAAUUAUUAGCAAAGAGGGAGGUACUUAGAAUAUUUUCAUCAGAUUUGAAGGAGUUUAGGAUUAUUACCCCGUCCAUCUCUUAUGAACUGAAUAAUAUGGACUAUGCAACUCCAACUUUGAAUGACGGUUAUGACUGGCUAGCUAUACUAAAGGAAGGUCUAAGCAUUGGCUGCGGAAUGCUCCGUCAAAUUAAGCCACAGUUAAGAAAUAGUCUACCAUCCUUCCAUAGUAAUAACUUCUCUAAGCUGGAUACAAUAAUGCAGGAACGUCUUUUCGAAGAACUAAAUCCAGUAUCUGUUCCUAAUGGGGAUAUAAUUUCGCCAGUUAGUGAUCUUGAACUGGAUGAUUUUAACGAAUUAGAAAAUAUGUACUUGCUGCAUUUGUACUAUUAUAAACAUGAUGCUAAUGUGGCCCAGAGCUCACCUAAAAUGACUAAAAUCGCAAAAUUCUAUGACUCAUUAUCCACUUAUGUUCGGUUUUAUUGCAAAAUUCAAAGAAUUUGAAUUAUGAGUACCUAUGAUGAGGACAAGCCACUUCAGUUUUUGUAUGAGUACUCCAUCAGAUGGCAAGCCUACUCUCAUUAUCUUUGGAACUUAUCAGGCCAGCUUGAAAAAUUAGAAGAGAAAAUUAAUAAAUGUUAUUCCCAGAAUUGGCCUGAAAGUACUCAUCAGUUUAGAUUAUAUAAAUUGAUGACCAAGAUUUGGAAUUCCGAAGUAAAUUCGAAGGAGGUUAUCUUUAACCUCAAAGAUAGCUUCAUUUCCACUUUAAACUCCUAUCACAAGGAUUGUCUUCAGCAUCUGAGGGAUAAAUCUGUGAAGAAAGAGACAGUAGGAAUGGAGGCUGUUCUCAAAAUGUUCUUCCAAACUAUUAUUGAUUCUUCUAUAAACCAAAACACCGUUCAUUUCAUUGGAAGUAGCGAUGUCACCUACGAGAAAAUUUACAAUACCUUCGAAACCUUGCUUCUAAAGCACUGCAGUGGAUUUCUAAAAACCGCAUUGGAGAUGGGCUAUCAGUCCAAAAACUUGAAGGCGGUCUGGCCCAUUUUCGAAGAGUAUUCAAAAAUUGUCAGAGUUUUCGCACCAAUUAAAACUCAAAAACAAUUUGAGAAAUCAAAAACUGAAAUGGUAGUCAAAUUCAUCAGAUUCAUCCUCUCCAAGAGGCUGAAACAGUUCAAGUCCUUUGACUUCUCAAAGAUCGAGGCAAAAUGGAACGCAAGCUAUGAGGGAGCCAUGAGCCAUGCCUUUAGUUCGACCAACUCUGUAUUUUUGAAGACACUUGCUAAAGGAAUCAAAGAUAUGAAAUAUGAUGAAGAGAAAUUCCAAAAGUAUUGGCUAAUCAUGGCCGGGAAGGAUUGUGAUUUACUAAGGAAAUUUUAUGAUAGCACCUUAAUGUCUUAUGACAAGCUCUCGAAGACUAUGAAGUCCCAGGAUUGCAAGAUCAAGACAAUCAAGGGAAAGAUGGGCAUCACCGACAAAUUAGAUGUCGAUCAGAUGAAGUUCCUAUCACUCAUGGGAUCAAUUCCAGAUAAGCACGUAGAAGAUAUUAUCUCUGACUACCUCGGGAAGUAUGAACAAAGAGGGGUGAGAAGCCUCUCCACCACUGAGAAUACUUUCAAAGAGUCUUCAUUCAUCACUGCUGUUCUCUGUGAAGGCGAGAAUAGUAAAACUGAUGAUUCUGAGACCUGUGAGGAUAGAGACACUCUUCCUGAGAGUGAAUCUACCAACGACUUGGUUAAUGAAUUUUCUCAAAUUUUCAAAAACAACAAGCAAUGUUGGAUUGAGAGAACUAAAAGUAUGAAGAAAAAACAGGAGAAGAUGAUCUUCCACUCUUUGAGGCAGGAAAGGAGAGCUUCUAUGUAAUCUUUGCUUGCAUAAUCAGUUACGAUAAGGCCUCUACUCUCUAUCGCAUUA